AAAAAAGGAAAAAAAAAAAAGGAAAUGCAAUAAUUAGGGUUUUGAUUCAAGAAAUUAGGGUUUCGAACCUUCCAUGACCGGUUAGAGUGUGAAGAAGAGGACUGUGGAGACAAGAAAUAACAAAGGAGACCCACUAUCAACAGAAACUUGUAUACCCAAAAACACCACAACAAACCGAAGAUUACAACAAUAUCCCUCACCGACAAUUGUUUUUUUCAAAAUCCUAAAAAACCCGACCACCACCACCACCUCCUCUUCUUUAAAGCAGAACCACCGCGACGGCACCGUGGCGUCAGACGACUCUUCAAGUCUUAAUCACGUUCAGCCGGUCCCACAGAAUGGGAACAUGUCAGUACUACCCGGGUACGUGAGAUUUGAUGAUGGUAGUAGAGUUAAAAUCAACUUGAAUUCAAGGCCAAAAUCUGAAAUUAAACAUCUAAAGAGGAAAUUAGUGAAUGAACUUCAUCAAGUUAGAAGCUUGCGAAAGAAACUUGAUUCCAUAGAAAAGUCUCAAUCUUCCUUUAAUGAUAAUCUUAAUAAUAGAAUAACAGGUAAUAGUGGUGGUCAUAGAAUUGGAACUCUUGAUAGGGUUAAUUCUGAAGUUAGUUAUGUGGGACACACCAAUUCGCGGCCGUUGGAUGGUAAUGAGAAGAAGAAAACCCCGGUGAAUUCGAACAAGAAGUUGAAACAGUGUGGCGGUGGUGGGGGACAAGGGGUGGCGGUGGAGUUCAGUAAGUAUUUGGUUAAAGAGUGUGGGGAGUUGUUAGGGAAGUUGAUGAAACAUCAAUAUGGAUGGGUGUUUAAUGUGCCAGUGGAUGUGAAAAUGUUGAAGUUGCAUGAUUAUUUUAAGAUUAUUAAGCAUCCAAUGGAUUUAGGGACAGUGAAGAGUAGGCUGAGUAAGAAUUGGUAUAAGUCGCCAAAGGAGUUUGCUGAGGAUGUUAGGUUGACUUUUAAUAAUGCUAUGAAGUAUAAUGAGAAAGGGCAGGAUGUGCAUACAAUGGCAGAUACAUUGUUGAAGAUUUUCGAGGAGAAUUGGGCUAAUGUUAAGGCUAAAACUAAUUUUGAUAAGAGGGGGGAGAUGGGGUACGAUUCUAGCUUGCAAGCACCUGCGUCAAAGAGAGCUCCAGGUCCUCAUGCUUCAUCCCCUGCUUGUGGUUCUGCUUCUGCCUGUGCUCCCAGUCCUGCUCCUUUUCAACAGACGAUGCCUUUAGAGACGAGAACUUUGGGUGGAACAGAUUCUUUGACAGAGCUUGUGCAUCCAAAUAUGAAAGCUGCUGAUCAGGUUAGGGUGUCAGUGUCGAAGAAGCCUAAGAAGGACACUGACAAAAGCAAAAUGACUUACGAGGAGAAGCAGAAACUGAGUAUAAGCCUGCAGAGUUUGCCUUCAGAGAAACUAGAAUCAGUUGUCCAGAUUAUUAGGAAGAGGAAUCCUGGGCUUUUUCAACAAGAAGAUGAGAUUGAAGUGGAUAUUGAUAGUUUUGAUAAUGAAACACUUUGGGAACUUCAUAGUUAUGUAACCAAUUACCGGAAGAGUAUAAGCAAGAAUGACAGAGAAGCUAAAGUUGCUCUUCAAGAUAGAGAAGAAGCUGGCCACAAUAUGCUCGGGACUAAAUUGACAUCUGCUACUGCAGAGGCACCAAAGGAACUUGGAUCAGUACAAAUGACUGUUCCCGCCUCUUCACCUAUUAAAGAGCAUAAGCAAGGCCAUUGUAUGAGCAGAUCACGUUGUUCAAGCAGUUUUGGCAGUGGCUCCAGAUCUUCUUCAAGUGGCUCUGAUAUUGAUAGUUCAUCAGGAUCUGGGUCAGAUGCAGGUCGGUGACAUAGGAGUUAGUAGAUUCAUUUCAGGCAGGGGCAUCAUCUUUGAGACACAAUUUUCUACCAAAAUUAAGAUCUUACGUUCCGAUUCUAGAGGAGAAUACAUGUCUCGUGACUUUCAAUCCUUCCUACAGCAAAAGAGUAUUAUCUCUCUACAUUUGUGUCCUUACACUCCUCAACAGAAUGGAGUCGCCGAGCGUAGGAAUCAACAUCUUUUAGAAGUUGUUUGUACCUUACUGCUUGAAUCUUUUGUACCUCUUCAAUUUUGGGUAGAAGCUUUAUCUACAGUUGUCUAUUUGAUUAAUUGUCUGCCUUCUCAAACCUUGAAUCUUGAUUCUUCAUAUUUUCGUUUGUUUGGAGUCCUUCCUGACUAUAAUUCUCUUUAUGUUUUUUGUUGCAUUUGCUUUGUUCACUUACCUCUCAUCGAACGCCACAAGCUUGCUGCUCAAGCUGUUCAAUGUGCUUUUCUAGGCUAUAGUAAUUCCUAUAAAGGAUUUGUAUGUUAUGAUGCGGAUAAUAACAAGAUUCGCAUUUCAUGAAAUGUGGUUUUAUUUGAAAAUCAAUAUUUCUUUCUUUCAAUUUCGAUUGGUGGCACUCAGAAACUGACAACAAUAUGGCUUAGAUUAUGAAUUUGCUCCUGUGGCUAAAAUGACUAUUGUCCAUAUUGUUAUGGCCAUUGCUGUCUCGAAAGGAUGGUCGUUUCGUCAGAUGGAUGUGAAGAAUGUUUUCUACAUGGUGAUUUGCAGGAAGAGAUUUACAUGACUCGUUUGUUUUCUUCCCUUUUUACUAAGGUUUAUCACUUGAAGCGAUCACUAUAUGGUUUGAAGCAAGUACCACGGGCAUGGUUUGAGAAAUUUCGUACUACUGUUUUGGAUUUCACCUUCAUGCAGAGCUAGUUUCACUACUCUCUCUUCUUUUGUAAGACUGAUAUGGGGAUCGUGCUACUUCUUAUGUAUGUCGAUGAUAAUGUGAUUACAAGAUCUGAUUCCCAGUUGAUUGAGCAGCUUCAGCAGCAACUCAAAUCUUUCUUUCAUAUGAAAGAUCUUGGUCCGUUGCAGUAUUUUCUUGGUCUUGAGGCCCAACAUUGUCCAACUGGCAUAUUUUUGCAUCAAUAUAAGUAUACCCAGGAGCUUCUUUUCUUAGUUGGACUUUCAGACGCUAACUCAGUUCUUACACCUAUGGAGGUCAACUUGAAGCUACAUCAUGAGAAUGGUGAUCUAUUGCCUGAUCCCUCCAUGUAUCAGCAGCUGGUAGGAAGUUUGAAUUAUUUUCUUCAGGGACUUCUUUACAAUUGAAGGCUUAUAGUGAUGCUGAUUGGGCUGGUUGUCCAAAUACUCGUUGUUCUGUUUUGGGUUGGUGUAUGUUUCUUGGCAGUUCUCUUAUUUCUUGGAAGAGUAAAAAGCAAGUAUGUGUCUCAAAGUCAUCUACCAGGUCUGAAUAUAGAGCCAUGUCAUCUGCCUAUUAUGAAAUUACAUGGCUUCGAGGGCUAUUAGGUGAACUUGGUGUUCCACAGCUUAUUCCAACUCCUCUUUAUGCUGAUAACACUAAUGCUAUUCAAAUUGUUGUCAAUCCUGUUUUCCAUGAGCGAACCAAGCAUAUUGAGGUGGAUUGUCAUUCCAUUCAUGAAGCACUUGUUCGUUAGGAGAUUACUCUUCCUCACAUUUCCACCGAACAUCAAACUGUUGACAUCUUUACCAAGGCUCUCUCUCGUCACCACCAUAAAUUCAUGAUUGACAAAUUGAUGCUUCUUGAUCCACCAACAUCAAUUUGAGGGGGAAUGUUACUAGAUUAGACAAUAUUUUAUAUAUAACAAUAAUUUAUAUUUAUAGGA